GAGCCGCGGGCGCUGGUGGCGCCAUCUUUCCCGGCUGCGGGAGGGGUCACAGGUCAGUGCCGAUCCUAGCCGCGAGUGAGGAGGGCGAGGUGAGUGACCAAAUCCGGCCGAUGCCUUCAAGUCCCGACGGGUGCCUUUUCCUCGGGGCAGCCCAGGAUUCUCCAAGAGGACAAUGGAUUCUGGAAUUCGCCCAGUUGGUAGCUGUAGCAGCCCUGCAGGGCUGUCACGGGAAUACAAACUAGUGAUGCUGGGUGCUGGUGGUGUAGGGGAAAGCGCCAUGACCAUGCAGUUCAUCAGCCACCGGUUUCCAGAAGAUCAUGAUCCCACCAUUGAAGAUGCUUAUAAAAUCCGGAUCCGUAUUGAUGAUGAGCCUGCCAAUCUGGACAUUUUGGAUACGGCUGGACAGGCAGAGUUUACAGCCAUGCGGGAUCAGUAUAUGAGGGCAGGAGAAGGGUUUAUCAUCUGUUAUUCUAUCACCGAUCGUCGAAGUUUCCAUGAAGUUCGGGAGUUUAAACAGCUUAUUUAUCGAGUUCGACGUACUGAUGAUACCCCUGUGGUUCUUGUGGGAAACAAGUCUGACCUAAAGCAGCUAAGACAGGUCACCAAGGAAGAAGGAUUGGCUUUGGCCCGAGAAUUCAGCUGCCCCUUUUUUGAGACAUCUGCUGCAUACCGCUACUACAUUGAUGAUGUAUUCCAUGCCCUUGUACGGGAGAUACGUAGGAAAGAAAAGGAGGCAGUGCUGGCCAUGGAGAAAAAAUCUAAACCCAAAAACAGUGUAUGGAAGAGGCUAAAAUCACCGUUCCGGAAGAAGAAAGAUUCAGUAACUUGAAGGGAAGAUGUGAAAUGUUUAUCUGUGAACUGCAGUGCUUAAUCAGAGCAGUCCAGUAACCUGCAUUAGUGAGCAUGGUGCUUGUUCUUUCUCCUGUUAUGACUGUUAUUUUAAAAAUAACUGAUGAAGGGGACAUGCCCACUAGGAGUUUUCAAUGAUGUGGUAUUUAAAAUAUUGUUUCUUAGCUAAUUCUGAUUUUAUUAACCCAGUGGAGCACUGUCUACUUUUAAAUUGUCACAUUAGAAUUCGAUUUACCAAUGUUUUGGGUUCUGUUGCUGAUAUUAAUUAAUGUAAAUUUUUUAUACCCCGGGGAAUAUGAAUACCAUAUGUGUUUGACUAAGCUCACAAGAGGAAUUUUUUGCCAUGCGCUAUUCUGCAUUCUCUUUCAACUGCAAUUUCCUGGGACUGUCCCAGGUAAGGACUUCAGUCUUUUCUGUUCAUGCUGUGCUUCCUGGAGACAGAACAAAAGUCAUGGGGAAAUCAGUUCUAAAGAGAUUGGUGCUAAAGUUCAGCAAAUAGCUGUGGAACUGACUCCUGUUGCAGAUUAUGGAGAGAUGAUAUUGGGGAAAUCAGGCUGUAUGUUUUUGCAGGAGCUUGGCUAGAAAAUGUUAGGAUCAGAACAGUGCUCCUCAGAGGAGCCUGUCUUUUCUAACAAGUACACAUUUGACCCAAAUGCACUGGGAUGGAUGAGAGCAAACAGAAACAUAUAAAAUGUAAUGAAGCUUUCUCCUACAAGGUUAUUUUACUCUUCCUUUCAGGGUUUUGCCCUUCUUUACCUUCAAAGGUAAACAUUUUGUGAACCAUUACUGGGUUACUAAACGGUUGUUUAAUCUAAAUCCUUGGUUGGGACAGCCAUUGCCUUGUACAGGUUUAUUUUUUCCCCAGAGAUGCACACACAAAUACAUUUACAUUAAUUGCUUCCUAGUGCUUUCCCUUAGCUUCCCUGUGCUCUCUAGAAGAGCUAGGCCUGGCAGAAUGUUUUUUAGGCCCUUCGUCAGACUGACUGCAUUUUCCAUACAGAAAAGACAUCAGGAUUUAGUAAAAUUGUAUAUGUGCCUCCUUGACAUAGACAAUCACUGGACUCAGUGUUCUAAGAAAGCCUGUGGCAUUUCUGUGUAAUGAGCCAGUCUGAAGCUUUAAAAUUCCCAUAUGUUGAGUUUCUCAUUGAAGAUUUCUUUACAAGGACCUUGCUAAAGUUCACCUCAGGGUUUUGCCUGAGCCUUGACAAAGCUUAGCCUAAGACAGUACCACUUUGAUGACUGCAUAGUUGAGAAACUAUCCUGUCUUCUUGGGGAAAAUCAGCUUUAAAUAUUGGUGGUGAGGUCUUUCUUUUAUUUAGAAUCAGGAUUAUUUUGAUACCUGAACUUGUUAUGUGUGGAGAUUAAGCACAAAAAGUGCUAAGAGUAAUGUAGCAUAUGUUGAACAUUAAAUGUCACUGAAGCAGUGUUUGUGACCACUUUAAACUCUAAGAACAUGACUUUGUGUAGCACCUCUUAAAAAGUGCACACAGCUCAAUUCACUGUUUACCGUUUUUAUUACAGUCAGGACAGGGGUGUUGUAUGUUUUCUUCCAAUCAAUGGUAUGUGUUCCAGGUUUAAAGGAAAGUGACGGUUGUAACUUUUUUAGCUGAGUAGUGAUCCCUUUUGAAACUCUGAAAUGUUUGUGCUACCAAAUAAAUCAUGGUUUAUGGUACUCAAGCCAUCCAAAACUGAAAGAUGCAGAAUUUGAACCUAUGCAGGACAAAAAUCUUACAGGAACCAUAGCACUUUGGAGAAGUGUGAAGUUAGAAGUACAGUGCAAUUCUAUUUUAACAGUAUUUCACCACAUUUAAACUAGCUUAGAGCCUGUUAGGUUUAAUGCCUUAGCUUCUCAUUACUAAUAACUUAGGGAAUUGUUGUUAGCAUCAAGCAAGAAGUUGACAGCUGUGUAAUUAUAUCUAUAAGACAGGAGGGAGUUUGUAAUGUAUAUAAGAAAAAUAACAAAUGGGUGUUUUUAAGACUAUCACUGUCAUAUAUUUGAUCAUUGGAUUACUUUGCCCAUCAGUUAGUAUUGAGAAUUCUAUUCAUGGUGCUAAAUAGUUUGAGGGGUAUAAUAUGUGUAAGUCAUAGCUCUAUUCUUAGUGAUUGUAUAGUGUAAAUAAUUUAUAAGCUCUAAAUAGUCAGCUUUAUCUAAUUUGAGGGCAUUAAAAUCAAUUACUGCCUGGAACUUUGAGGAGAGAAAAAUUCAGGGACAAGUUGAAAAGCACUGGAACUGUUCAUGUCCAUACCAGAUUGGUAAGUUACAAAAUUUGGAAGCUGGUGUCUAGAAUUAACUGUUUAGAAUUCCAAAAGAGAUACAUGUUUUAACUUUGUGAUAUAUUAGUAAGAAUUGGUCUACUGUAAUGUAUGGGGAGGAGAGGGGAGAGAAAAGGUUUUCACUUAUGCACUUGUAUAUGAUGACAGUUUGUAUGACACAAUACAAAACUUCUAAACAACUUA